AAUUGCUGACGGAAUCCCAGUGCCAUGUGUGGCCUUUGGACGAAUAGGAUUUUACAGUAGGCAGAGCUACAGUGGGCCUGGCCUUCAAGCUUGGUUACAGCGGUUUCCAUGUUUCGUAAACAGAAAGUUGUUGUGUUUAAGAGGCAUCUGGACGGAUACCGUACCACAUAAAGCCGAUAACUAGAACAUUGAAGAGGAAACAACCGUUAUCUGAAAUAUAUCAGUGACAUUCUUCUAUACUUCAUAUGGAUGGAAUGGCUUUUGAGGAAACCUAACCUUGGUUGUUAUCAAAGUUUUUGCAAGAGUGGUGGAGUCUACUUUUGAACAGAUAAUUAUUAUUUUUUACGGGAGAAAAGUCGAAGGCUAAAAUGGAUCAAGCAAGCGGUGGAGAGGACCCAAACAAACCUAAUAAAAAGAAAUCCAACGAAGAAGAAAGUAAAAACAAAAAGCUGAACAUACACAUUAAAACUUUGGCUGAUGAUAUGCGUGAUCGGAUCACCAGUUUCAGGAAGACGGGCAUGAAGAAGGAGAAGCCCUUCAUCCAGCACUCCACAGACCCCCUGUCCAUCCAGACGGAGAUGCCCUCGCCCCAGCCCCUCUUCGACGACCGCUCCAUGAACCUCUCCGAGAAGGAGAUCAACGACCUCUUUGAGAAGAUGAUGGAGGACAUGAACUUGAACGAAGAGCGGAAAGCGCCUCUGCGUGGGAAGGACCUGAGCACCAAACGAGAAAUGGUCGUCCAGUACAUAUCUGCCACUGCCAAAUCUAUAACUGGGAGCAAAGUCGCGGGUGGACUGAGGAACAGCAAGCAUGAGUGUACACUGUCGUCACAGGAAUACGUCCAUGAGCUGCGCUCAGGCAUCACGGAGGACAAGCUGCUCAACUGUCUGGAGUCCCUCAGGGUCUCCCUGACCAGCAACCCUGUCAGUUGGGUAAAUAACUUUGGACAUGAAGGACUUGGCCUCCUUUUGGACACUUUGGAGAAGCUUCUUGAAAAAAAACAACAAGAGAAUAUUGAUAAAAGGAACCAGCACAAGUUGAUCCAAUGCCUCAAGGCCUUCAUGAACAAUAAGUAUGGUCUGCAAAGGAUUCUGGGAGACGAGCGGAGCCUGUUGCUGCUGGCCAGGGCCAUUGAUCCCAAACAGACCAGCAUGAUGACGGAGAUCGUCAAGAUUCUCUCGGCGGUGUGCAUCAUAGGUGAAGAGAACAUCUUGGAAAAGAUCCUGGCUGCCAUGACGAUUGCAGCAGAGAGGAAUAACAAGGAGAGGUUUGCUCCGAUAGUGGAGGGACUGGAGAACCACGAGGCCCAGCAGCUCCAGGUGGCCUGUAUGCAGCUCAUCAACGCCUUGGUCACUUCCCCCGACGAUCUGGACUUCAGGAUACAUUUACGCAACGAGUUCCUGCGCUGCGGCCUCAAGAAAACUCUACCGGAGUUGAAAGAGACAGAGGAGUUGGACAUUCAGCUGAAGGUAUUCAAUGAGAACAAGGAGGAGGACUCCAUUGAACUGUCUCACCGCCUAGAUGACAUCCGGGCCGAGAUGGAUGAUAUGAAUGAGGUUUACCACCUCCUUUCCAACAUGGUGAAAGACACGGGCUCCGAGACCUACUUCCUGUCAAUCCUCCAACACCUGCUCCUCAUCAGGAACGACUACUAUGUCAGGCCACAGUACUACAAGGUGAUAGAAGAAUGUGUGUCUCAGGUGGUACUCCAUCGCAGUGGCAUGGACCCGGACUUUGGAUACAGGGAGAGAUUGGACGUUGACUUCACCCACCUGAUCGAUCAGUGUGUGGAUAAAGCCAAGGUGGAUGAGAGCGAGCAGAAGGCUGCUGAAUUCUCCAAAAAGUUCGAUGAGGAGUUCAGCGCACGGCAGGAGGCCCAAGCCGAGGCUCAGAAGAAGGAGGAGAAAAUCAAAGAGUUGGAGGGUCAGAUUCGUACCCUGCAGUCACAGUUAACUAGUGAGAAAGACAAGCUCAAAGAGGCUCAGAAACUCAUCAGGGAAACUGAGGCCAAGAUUGCGGCCGGCCCAGCAGCAGCUGGGACUGGAGCGCCCCCGCCACCACCCAUACCAGGGGGGGCGGCCCCUCCACCCCCUCCCCCGCCUCCCCCACCGCCGCCCCCACCUGGCGGAGGUCCCCCGCCUCCUCCUCCUCCACCACCUCCCCCCGGCAUGGCUAGCAUGCCACCUCCUCCACCACCGCCCCCCGGCUGUGGCCCACCACCGCCCCCCGGCUGUGGCCCACCACCGCCCCCCGGAGGGCCUCCAGGAUUUGCCUUUCCGCCCCCUGCCAUGCCUGUCAUCAAGCUGCCUUACGGACUGGAGCCCAAGAAGAUCUACAAGCCUGAGACGGUCAUGAAGAGGGUCAACUGGUCCAAGAUAGUGCCUCAGGAAAUGGCAGAGAAUUGCUUCUGGAUCAAAGCAAAAGAGGACAAGUUUGAGCAUCCUGACCUCCUAGCCCAACUCUCACUCAGCUUCUCGUCCAAGACCAAAGUGAAAAAGGACGUGGUGGAGACGGAUGACAGGAUGACGCAAUUCAAGAAAAAAGCCAAGGAGCUGCGGAUUCUGGACCAGAAGACGGCUCAGAAUCUUUCAAUUUUCCUGGGAUCGUUCCGCCUGCCUUAUGAGGAGAUCCGUGCCAUCGUGCUCGAGGUGGACGAGGAGAGACUGAGUGAAUCACUGAUCCAGAACCUGAUAAAGAAUCUUCCAGAGCAGAAAGAGCUGAGUGCGCUGGCAGAACUCAAGAGCGAGUAUGAGGAGCUGUGUGAGUCAGAACAGUUCGGCAUAGUGAUGAGCUCAGUGAAGCUGCUACGACCUCGCCUUAAUGGUAUCCUGUUCAAGCUAACCUUUGAGGAACAGGUGAACAACAUUCGGCCGGACAUCAUGAAUGUGACGUUUGCCUGCGAGGAGGUGAAGAAGAGUGACUGUUUUAGCAAACUUCUGGAGAUGGUGCUGCUGAUGGGCAACUACAUGAACGCUGGCUCCAGGAAUGCUCAGACCUUCGGCUUCAACAUCAGUUUCCUCUGCAAGCUUCGAGACACUAAAUCCACUGACCAAAACACAACCCUUCUUCACUUCUUGGCUGAGAAAUGUGAGGAGAAAUACCCUGAGAUCCUGAUGUUUCCAGAGGAGCUUGAGCAUGUCGAGAGUGCUAGUAAAGUGUCCGCUGAGAUCCUGAAGAGCAGCUUGAGCACGAUGGAGCGCCACAUCCAGAGGCUCGAAAACGACAUCCAGAACUUCCCCAAGACAGACGACCAGCAAGAUAAGUUUGUGGAAAAGAUGUCCGGCUUCGCCAAGCAUUCGCGGGAGCAGUACGAGAAGCUGUCCACCAUGCAUAAGAACAUGCAGAAGCUGUACGAGAGCCUGGGAAGCUACUACGCCUACGACCCUCACGCUCUCUGCGUCGAAGACUUCUUCGGCGACCUGGCCAACUUCCGUAGCCUCUUCAUGGAAGCUGUGAAGGAAAACCACAAGAAGAGGGAGAUGGAGGAGAAGAUCAAGAGAGCCAAGCUGGCGAAGGAGAAAGCUGAGCGAGAGAAGCAGGAACGCCAGCAGAAGAAGAAGCAGCUGAUUGACAUGAACAAAGAGGGAGAUGAGACGGGCGUGAUGGACAGCUUGAUGGAGGCCCUGCAGUCCGGAGCAGCCUUCCGAGACAGGCGAAAACGAACGCCCCGCAACGAUGUCGCCUCUGGGAGAAGCAGACAACCGCCGUGCAGUCCUGGAAAGAUCCCGCUCACGCCACAACGCAAAUCCCCAGGCUCGAUGAUCGCCCGCGUCUACCACAGCGCCUACCACAGGACUUUAGACAAGUGCCAAAGAGGCCGGAGAGGGGGAGACCCAGAGGAUGUCUGAGGAAGGGAUAUGGACCUCACCUCCUGUGGCGCGCACCUACACACAAAACAAACUUGCAUGCACUCACUGGCAUACUCCAACACGUACACUCAAACAUACUCACGCGGUCAGACCUCGAGGACAUCGGAACCCUCGUGGACCUGAGGGGAUCGAACCACAACAGAACAUCACACACGGAACACUGAACAGCAAUGUCAUCCAACGCCUUACGUAUUUAUUCAUCACAUUCUCACCGCUUUACUUGUAAAUGACCCAUCAAAAACGUUGGUUAUUUUCAAAACUUUUGGAUUUGCUGACGUUAAUGAUGGGUUUUGCUGUUCUCCAAUUGACUUAUCAUACACAAGUCGCUCAAAAAUCAUUUAACUUUUAAUUAAUAUAUCUGCUACCCAAUCCAUACUAACACUGCCACUAAAAUAGGUCAUGCCUAUUGUCAUCGGUCCACAAUUUCAGAUUUUAAAGUGACAGUAGGCAUAUUGUAACUUGCAUAAGAUAGCUUAUCAGAAUACAAUCCUAUUAACCUCAUACAAUUCAUCUAAGCGUUUUUCUAUUCCAUCCUAUAAUCAACACACCCAGAAUUUGACUGUCACCACAGGUGAUGCAGUGAUACACAGGCAAUCGAUUACAUAUCUCAGAAAAGCGUAGAGCUCCACCCAGUUAAUGUGCUUUAUUGAUCCGCAGAGCAUAGGACUGAAUUUCCUUAGGCUAUGUCAUGGAAGAGAAUUAUUUAUUGUUUCACUGUUUUUCCUCAGAUGUCUAUUAUUGGCCAGGGUACUGAGAAUAGGCUGGCAGGGUCUUUCUUGCACUGUUCUCACAAAAAGCAGAAACAAAGAUGAAGCCUGCAAAAUAAGCCAGUCGAGCUCAGGGCUAGCUAAUGCUAGCACAUGAAACAAGUCACUCUUACAGGAGAAGAGUCAUAUUCUCAGGGGGAGCAAUAGCUCGACUGAAUUGUAAAAAGCCCCCCCUCUCACAGUUUCACAUAGAGGAGCUCUACAACUGACCCUGUUGCUUUGACAAACUCUCAGGCCGGGGUCAUGGCUAAGUGCUUUGCACUUUUUCUACUAACACUUUUCUGCAAACUUCAGCGCAACCUUCUUUGACUUCACAAUAAUCCAACAAAGGAAAAUAACCCAUACUAGUAGCAACUAGUUUGGGCAUGUGUUUGAACAUCGGACGAGGACAAAAUUAAGCUCCAAGCAUCACUGUAAAAUAAUGGAGUCAGUUUUGUUUUAGCAGGCUACUUUUGCUUUUCUUUCGUUACAUAUUUAUGCAUUUUUGUGGAGAGAAUGCCCACAGCAGUCAUGUCCCUUCAAUGUAGGGAGGAUAAGGAGAUGCAAGUGAAUCAGCUACUUUCCCCACAGCGGAGAUUUGCCAAUGGGAUACACUGCAGGCCAAUGUGGACAAGAUGGUGGCUGUCCGAGAAAGGCAAGUCUCCACCCCCCCUCCUUCAGCUGAGCUGCUCAUGGCCUGAGUCACCAUUACCAUAACGUUAUAUGUCUCAAUAUUAACAUAACACCGCCGGCAACUGUGUACAAAUCAAACCCUCGCCGUAAUCGGAACCGAAGCCUGACAGAAAAAAAAAGAAAAUAACAAAAUUAGUGUGCUUGACUUAUGGGCUGAAUAGAGUUUUUGUUUAAACUGUCUGUGUGAUGUGACGGUUGGCUGUACACUUCUCUACUAGGCUCAUCAACAAGAUGUUAUACUCAACGCCACAAUUCGCUCGGUUCAAAGUGCACCUCAGUUGCUGCAAGGCAGUCUGAAUGUCAUUUUUUUCCUGAAGAUCAUAAAUGCAUUGAGCUGUGACAACAUAGGCUUCAGCGUGUCAAAGAAAGAAA